GGAGAUCACAGGCAGCCAUGAGGUCGACGGCAGUCGCCUCCAUCCCCACUUUCAUGGACACUCUAAAACUUGGGCAAAAUUGUAUGCAACAACGACACCGUCCUCCGACUACGAUCGCCGUAACUCUUCUUAGAUUCACGCGGCCCAAAAGGAUGCUGAUGCACCACCGUUAAAUCAUCUCCGACGGUUCGCGCGCGUUCCCGUCAAAACGACUUCAAUUCUUUGCGUUCGCCGUCGGGACGCCUUAUCCGCUCUUCGUUCGUGCCUCGACAGUGUGUUUAUUGUUGUGUCCCAUGUGCUACAAAUUUUUUAAAAAAAUAGUGCUCUACUAUUAAAAGUGACACUUGUGAUAACCCAUGAUACCCCUGCGAAAUGGCUAUCAACUUUUCGGCAUCAUUUGCCGCCUGUCUGGCAGCAGGGCUCAAAGUGCCUCGCCAGAUAAUGUACUGCAUUUCUCAAGAUACAGCUGCUCCCUACGUACUGUAUAAAGAUGGUAUGGAUAGAGCACAAAGCCAAUGGGGUCACCAAGAUGCGUAUCCGCCUCUACAACAAUCGUCGGCAACUGGAGCAGGUAGUCCUCAACAGGUUCUUGGUCCGACUGUUCCCUUGGGUGUCGAAGCUGAUACAGUACCACCUCGAGACCAAAGUCUUCCUUCACCAGCUCCUUCGCCAUACCCCGCCACCCAAGCUGAACAAAGAGAAGAGGAAAUUCAACCAGAACAACCUACAUUGGAUAUGGAACCAAGACCCGCUUCGCAAUGUUUUUCAACGGAUUUACAACAACAACAGCAGCAACAGGCGUACCAACAAUACGCUAGGGCUCCUCCACCAGCUGCACCACCUCCUGUACCACCCCAUAUGCUCGGAGCGGGUAGUUUUUCUGCUUUACAGUAUCUUAAGCAACCAGGUGUGAUGUUAACGAGUUUAGGAGCGGAUACGAACGGACAACUAGAUCAAUACACAUCAAAUAUGCAAGAUUUGAGAACGGCCACCUUACCCGAUGUGAUACAACAACAACACGCUGGACUGAAGAAGACACCAAACGCACUGAAUGGAGAAUUGAGAUUGUUCAAAUGCCUAACAUGUGGAAAAGACUUUAAACAAAAAUCGACGUUACUACAACAUGAAAGGAUCCAUACUGACAGCAGGCCUUAUGGUUGCCCUGAGUGCGGAAAGAGGUUCCGGCAACAGAGUCAUCUGACACAACAUCUGAGGAUUCACGCCAACGAGAAACCAUAUGCAUGCGUUUACUGCGAAAGGACGUUUCGUCAGAGGGCUAUACUCAAUCAGCAUCUGCGUAUCCAUUCCGGUGAGAAGCCCUAUGAGUGCCCGGAGUGCGGGAAACACUUCCGGCAGAAGGCUAUCCUCAACCAGCACGUCCGCACACACCAAGAUGUAAGUCCUCAUUUGGUAUUCAAAAAUGGUAUACACCCUACCCUCUGGCCGCAAGACGUACCCUUCCCAGCAGACGAAGGCAAAGAAGAAGUCCAAUCAACUUAUGGUGACGGCGACAAUUCAGAUCGAGCAUCAUGUUUUUCACCCAAUGGAAUAGCAGCGAAUUUACAGUACCCCGCUUAUUUCAAAGAUGCCAAAGGUAUGAACCACGCCGUAUUCGGAGGAGGCACCAAUUUCGGUACAUUACAAUACCUCAAGCAGCAACAACCAGGUAAAGGAUUACCAGACGUGAUACAGCACGGGAGAUCAGCGGGUAUGCCGCUAUACGUACGCUGUCCUAUUUGCCAAAAAGAAUUCAAACAAAAGUCGACUUUAUUACAACAUGGGUGUAUACAUAUUGAGUCUCGACCGUAUCCUUGUCCAGAAUGCGGGAAAAGAUUCAGACAGCAAUCCCAUCUCACCCAGCACCUGAGAAUACAUACUAACGAAAAACCAUACGGCUGUGUUUAUUGCGGUAGAAAUUUCAGACAAAGAACUAUACUCAAUCAACAUUUGAGAAUACAUACGGGAGAGAAACCGUACAAAUGUGCUCAAUGCGGGAAAGAUUUUCGACAAAAAGCUAUUCUAGAUCAACAUACCAGAACGCAUCAAGGCGAUAGACCGUUCUGUUGUCCGAUGCCGAACUGUCGAAGACGUUUCGCCACUGAGCCCGAAGUGAAGAAACACAUUGAUAACCAUAUGAAUCCGCACGCUGCCAAAACACGUCGAGAUUCCACUGGGUCGGAUGGGAAGUUACCCGGAAAUGGUAUGUUACCGAGAGGUUUAACUCCAACAACCGUCGUUAAGCCGGAAUUAUAUUUUCCGCAAUGCUACGCGCCUAGUUUCAAUCCCCCUAAUGGCGUAUCACAAUUCCAAACGCCAAAUGCGGAAUUCAAACCGCCCAAUCCACUUCCGGCUCAGUGACUAACGGCCAGCUGGCAAUUAGGCCCAUGCAUUGGGUGACCUUUUGCCGGUUUGCAAACUUCUCAUACUCACCCAAUUGUUUUAAGGACUACUUAUUAAUUUAAGUUAUA